AUGAGUGAAAUCCCAACACAGCUUGAGGUAAGAUCAUUUCCAGAAACUGACAGUUGUUGUGAGCCUGUGUUUACUAUGUUCACAUGGAAAUGGGGUUAAUCUGUGUGUUUUAGUGGCUGGAAACUGGAGCAGAUCCAUGCAUUUUCCAUGGGAAAACACUCCUAAAUCAAAUUAUGUGGUUUGGUGAGGCUUGCAGUGGGAUCAGACUGUAUUGCCUAGAUUUUUGAAGCCAAGAGUUCAAACUAAAUUACUUUUCACAAAAUUUUCUGUCUUCGGAAAAGUCUUCAGAUACCACACCAUAUAAAAAAAAAUCACUAUCAAGUUACUGGUCAUCUCAAGAUGUCAAUAGGGAUAAACAAAGUGUAUGUGUUCACUGUUUCAACUACCUUCAUGGUCCGAUGAACCUAUUGAUCCUGUUCUAUCAGCUUUCAAUAUUUGAUAAAGAAGUUUAGUUUCAGACUCCAAUAAACCAACACAAUAGUUAUUUAAAGCUCCUGUGAAAAGUUUUCAAACUGAAGGGAAAAAGACUCACUUAAAUGUGAUGCUUCUGUUUUAACCUAAAAGACAAACCAAACUAGUAAGAAGAUUAUUUCUGUCUCUGGGUAUUUUUUUCUGUCUGUUACUGCUGCCACUGAUUUAGCGCCAGGAGAGCAAGUUACAGAACAAAGACUGGAAGUGUCCUCAUGUUUCUGCAGGAAAGAUUCUCUGUGGUUUAUAUGACUGUUCACAGGGAGCAGGAUGGGAUUCAUGUCAGAAAACAGCAUACUCAUGCUUCAGAAAAAAAACAAUGGGUAAACAGAUGAGAGGUGCUGGUUUGUCCACUGGAGGUGACAAGAUUGACACAAAAGUUUCUGCUACAUUUGGAGACACACGUGUUGAGAUUAAAUAAAUAGAUGAGAAAAAAAUUGAUAGUAAAUCAUGUGAGACAUGAGACUCCAGAAAAAUUAAUUUCCCUUUGGGGAUCAUGACAGUUCUUCUUAUCUUUUCUUAUUAAAUUAAUCAUUUGAUGUAUUAAGUCAAAACCUUGAGCAGUGUUAUCACUCAUGUUUAAAGGCUAAGAAUAAAGCAACUUCUGAUGAGGGGUCAAUGGUGGGUAUAAAUGUUAAAAAGAGCAGGCAGCAAUAUUCUUUCUAACACCUACUUCCGGUUUGUUUCACGGCUUUACUAGGUUGUCAACACUGAGACAUUUAUUUUUUCUGGCAGAACAUCAAUUGAGCACAUUCAGAACAAAAUCUAUUUACAUUUGUUAACCCUGUAAAAUCUUGUUUCACUUGUUCACUUUUAGCUUGAUAUAUCAGUCCAGGCAACAUCACAGCCAGAAUCUGAAGGGCAGCUUCAGCCUCCACCACCUCUGUCUCAUCCACCGGAGCCUCAACAUCAACAAAACCAACUCCAUCCUGAGCUUCAGUUGUCAGAGUCUACACCUGAGUACCAGCACCAAGCAAAAUCAUUGUUGAUAACCUAUCGAAGGCCGUUGCUCCUCCUUCUAGGAUUCUCCUUAUGUGCUGCCAUUGGGGGAGUUAUUUACUGUGUGCAUCAAAAUCUUCAAAACAGGAGAAAUAACCUGGCAGACACUGGUAGGCCUUAGAGAAAAAAAUGAUGCCACUACAUGACAAAAUCAAUUUCAGAAUUGCCUUUCAUUUCCCUUAUCUCUCAUUUUAUCCUGUAGAAUCUCCAUGUGUCUCCUCACCCUGCCAGAAGGCCUCUGCCCGUUUGACCAUGUCUGUUGAUCCCUUCAAGCAGCCCUGUGAUUACUUUGUGUUCACAUGCGAGGCUGAUAGAUUUUCAGCAGAUAUUGGGGGGAGACAGAGAGGUCAGGGCAUCCCUGGACAUCCACAGAACCAGAAUGUAAAAGGAGUGUGGCCAGAAAGAGGAGAAAGUACCAUAGUGAGAGAAGACAGAGGACUGACAGAGGAGAAAAUCCUGGACAGAAAAACCACACUGCUGCGAUAUCUCAGGGAAAUCCUGGGUAGGAGUCUGCAACCAAGAAGUUCAUCGCAUUGCUUUACCCGAUCAUAUUUCCGUACACGAAUAUGAAAUCGUAUCUAAAUUGUGGUUUCUUGAUCUAUUUGUCAGAGUCAAAUGACAGACAUGGUGGUACAGCAGUACAGAAAGCCAGAGGAUUCUAUGAUUCUUGUCUGGACACCAAGUCCAUAGAGACUGUUGGAGCAGAGCCCUUCCUAACACUCAUCCAGAAAGUGAGUUCAUGAAUUUUUAUGACCUUUUCUUUAAAACACUUUUCAAAUAAAAGUUAUAAAGGGCUUAAAUACAGAAAUAUACUGUCAAAACAUGUCCAUCAUCCUUGGCUCUACUUUGAGUUUAACGCUGGUGACAAAAUGUUUUCAAGUUAACAUUAAAGAUGAUGGAAGUAUAAAUAACGUUUUGUCAGUGCGGCAGAUAUAAUACUAAAUAAAAACUGAGCAAGGUCACAUUUCUGUUCCAAGCUGUGUUUACUAUCUUUACUGUGGAAGCAGAAACCUCUUACUGUUCGUCCUCCUAUACUUUCCUAUAUUUAGAAGGUAGAGUCAAAUGCUUAAGUUAGUAUUUAGCCAGAAGCAAUGCCUGAAAAUGCUAGCAUGGCUGGAUAUAGGUAUAGUUAAAACUUGAUGAUUUAGUGACAUGUAAUUUUUAAAAGUAUUUAUCAUCAGAGGCUUACAUAUUUGCUGCUGUCAGUCUAAGACUGUUCUUAAAGGAAAUGUGAAAUAGUUCAGUUCAUUGUGAUAACCCUUCUCUGUGUAUACAGCUGGGGGGCUGGGCAGUAUCAGGUCAGUGGAAUCAGACUGAUUUUAAUGCCACUCUGAGCUUGCUAAUGAGGGACUACAAUGCUUUCCCGUUCUUCAACCUCUAUGUGGGCAAAGACCCAAAUGAAACUCUCCAUGGGAUGUCUAAAAGAUACAUACAGGUCAGUAUCCAUCAGAGAUGGUUGUCCUUUGUAGCUAAUGGGAGCGUGGCCAAGGCAAAGUGGGCUUUGUGUUAUUGCUUUUACUCCAGUGUUCUCUUUGUCAACAGAUUGAUCAGCCAGAUUUGUUGAUCCCCAUUGAAUGGAACAGCAAGAUGCAGAAAUCUCACGCUAAAACUCAGGUGGCUAACUCAGCAACAUUUUCUACAAAAGCAGCAAUAUUCCUUUAUCUCACUAAUGCAUUCUUCUGUCAUUUUUUAUCCAGACAUUACGACCAUUCUUGGCAUCCUGUGAGAAGUACUUGGAACUGUUGGGGACCCCAUCCCGAAGCACCAUGAUCCAUGCGGGCAUGUUCAUCGCUCUGUCCUCUGAGUUAGCUGUGGCAGCUGCACCUCUGCACUAUCGCCUGUCUAAAGGGCAGCUUUACCAUCGAAUGACCAUCAAACAACUACAGGUAAAGAGGAGGAUGUGUGGCUACACACACCCACACAUUGUCAGAAUCCUCUUUUGUAAUUUGUUUGUUUGUGUUGUAUGCUAACAGAGUCAGGCCCCUGCCAUUGAUUGGUUAGGCUGUCUACAGGCUGUUUUCCAUCCACUGAAUCUGACUGAAAAUGAUCAUGUCUUUCUGCAUAAUUUACCGUACAUUGUGCAAAUGUCCCGCAUCAUUAUCAAAUGGCUGAACAGGCAGGAGUUUCGCCUCAGGUAUGUGACACAUUUCAACCCACAAUCAGACAUAUCAGAGCUUUACGGUUCCAAUAAUCAUUUUUUCCCCUUUCAUACCACCAAAGCGGCCCACUUCAUACUUUCAUGUUCCUCAAUCUGAUGCACACACUGAUGCCUGCUCUGGACUCUAGAUUCUCAGAAACAGCAGUGAAUUUGUCUGUGUCUCUUGGUAAUACUGCUGUGGUGAGUUAUUUCAGACAUUGUCUUCUGCCCUUUUUUCAAAAAGUUCACAGCCAGGAGUCGGUUUGUUGAGUAAGAUCUUCAUUUCUUUUCCAGGUAGCUCCUCGCUGGAAACACUGUGUACUGGAGACAGAGAGAGGAUUUGACUCCGUUCUUACAGCCCUUAUCAGUCAUAAGACAGCAUACCAAGAGGUAACUUUUCAUUUUUCAGCACAACUGGAUUUAUGAGACGCCGAUUAAGUGUAUCCUGUUUUCUUUUCGUUAGGCAGAGGAGAUCAUUGAAAACAUAUUUUCCUCCUUCAAAUCAAAAUUGAAUGCUCUCAGUUGGACAGAUCAGAAGAUCCGCCAGCUCAUCUUGAAAAGGGUAAAAUAAAGCAAGAGUUGUCAACACAGUUUUAUGAGGUAAACUUAAUUUCUGUUUGUUUUGAUCUCAAUAAAGGUCUGUCUACCCCCAGAUUCAACCUUUAAAACCAAAACUUUGGACACCAAAGGAGAAGCCCAGUGAGGCUGAGCUUGACCUGCUUUUUUCUGAGGUACAUCACAAGACUUCAUUGGUUCUGUUAGAUAAGGUUCACAAAGAUAUUUGUCUCUCCAUGAAACUGAAAACAAAGAUUGACUCAAAUUUUAUGAUUCCAGGUCACAGUCACCACAGGUAGCUUCUUCUCAAAUUACAUUCAGCUACUGUCCUUAUGGCAAAAGAGAAGAACUAAGUUCUUGACUCAGCAGGCUGAGGCCCCUGAUAUGUAAGUACCCUCCUCUGUCAUUAAAGUUGAUAACUACGAAUUUUUGGGCAUGAAAUCUUUUCCUGUUUUCUUUUAGUCUGUCUGUCACACCGUUCCUCCAGGGUGAUGAACUCCUCUUUCCAAUGGGAAUGUUCAUUUCUCCUCUUUUUCAUCCAACCUACCCUCGGUAAGAAGUAAACUUGAUUUCAGAGCAUAAAUGGCUUUUCAUACUGUAACUACUGUAACAUUACUUUAUUUGCUCAUUUGAUUUUUUAUUUCACAGGGCAAUGAAUUACGGCAUGUUAGGUUUUCUUAUGGCCAAAGAUAUACUGCAUAUGCUGUUACCUGACAGUAAGAGAAGUUUAAAUUAACAAUUUGAAAAUCAUGUUUAACUUGCACUUCUUCACAUUUACUGUCCAUUUUUUCAAGAAUACAACACUUGAUUAUUCCCUGAUUUAAGAUCUUAACCUCUCUGUGUUGUGGCAGUUCACUCUCAUAGUGAAAUGGUGCACACUGUGGGGGAAUGUGUUUGGGCUCACUAUCUCACUGUGGCAGAAAAUGCAGAGAGAGGAGUGUUUUCUCUGUCAGCUGUGCAGCAGCAGGAGGUCUGGGUGCAGUACUCUGCACUGCAGAUAGCAUUGCAGGUGAGCAGCCAUCUUCAGGCUUUAACCUCUGUGUAUAUGAAAUGGAUUACUUUAAAAAAAAAAAAUCCACAUCUGAUGCAUGUGUCUCUCCUCAGGCUUAUCAUCAGAGUUUAGCGAAACAUCCAAAGGACACCUCUAUCUCAGGACUAUCACACACUCGACUGUUUCUCACAUCUUUCUCUCAGGUAUCGUGCUUUUGUCAGAUUUAAUUAGAAUUUCUAAAUUUAUUAGCUACCAGCCCAAUAUCCAUUAACAUAUUCUUUUACAGCUCAAAUGCGAUUCAGACCCAUACCGAGAAUUCAUGCCCCUGGAGCCAUCCUUCUUGAUUACAGUCAUUUGUGCCACAUCUGAUCUGUGUCCUGCAAGCCUGCAAUGCCCAAAGAAAAGCCAGCAAUAUUCAUUACAAGCAUGCUGA